AUGACGAUAAAAAAAAUAAUGAAAAUAAGAGAUUCUGAGACCUUCGGAAAAGCAAACAUCAAGCAUGAAGACUUCUUUCAUGGGUUCAUGCCAGAGCGUCAGGUUCGUCAGAAGCUUCCCUAUUUUGAAAAAAAAAAUAUCCUGAAGGCUGUCGUCUACCUUAACAAUAUCGGCGACUUUCUAGUGAGGCAAGCGGUCAAGUCAAAUCUGGUUGUUUUUUUGUGACUUAGUGAUAAAAAACGGCUGUUUUAAAGGAUACCUACAUCAUCACUGUAUGCACUGAGUCCGAAAAGGUUGGCUCAGGAAUCGAAUGCUAGAAAACCUGAAAAUAUUACAGCAGCCGGGGAAAAAGGCUCUACGACAUAUACCUAUCGUUCACAGUAGGAGAAAUCGAAUAUAUUACACUUACAAAUUCGGGUUCUCAAAGGCGUCCGGUUAGUGUUUCGGAAAGAUAGAUUUUCUGGUUUUUCUUUUAAAAAAAACUAUCUCAUUUGUCGACGAAAAUCUGGAUAAUUAGGCCUUAUCGAUUACCAUCGAAGAAGGAAAGAACCCGUGGACGAGUUGGGAAGUGUUCUACUGACUCCAGUCAGUCGCGCGCCAUGGCAGUUCAAUCAUGAACAUAUAACAAGGUUAUAAAAGUUAAAUAAAAUGGAAAGUAGUUUUAACAGAGUGAAAAAGCUCGGAGAUGGAGCUUUCGGAUAUGUUUCAUUGGGAACAAUGCAAAAAGGACUUUUCCGAAAACACAAAGUUGCUGUCAAGACUAUCCAGGGAUCCGUCACAAUGGAUGAAAAUGCCAAGCUUUACGAGGUAUCGCGACAAUUAGAAAUCGAAAAUAACCUAUCACAGGAAGCAAUGAUAAUGCGUUGUCUCGACCAUGUCAACGUCGUGAAUUUCUAUGGGAUUGCGUCGAAUGAAGAGCCUAUCAUGAUCGUUCUCGAACUUGCUCCAGGUUCUGCUCAGAUAAGUAGGAAAAUCCUCAAAGUAUUGUGAAAAAGCCAACAGAUAUUUUGGGUAAGCACCUCCUCUUAACUUGGAUUUUUACAUUUUGAAGUUUGCAAGUCGAAUUGUUCCUAAUAACGACUAAAACUGAAAAAAAAAAGAAACACAAACUUAUAACGAUAACAUAGGUGGAUCAGUAGAAGACGCGGUGAAAAACGGUAUAACAAAUGGCAAACCAGUUACUCUAGAAAAUCGUGUUUAUUGGUGUCUAGGGGCCGGAAGAGGACUCAAGUAUCUGAAAAGCGUCAAGGUGAGUCUUAUUAAAUUUUUUUUUUCCUAGAAGCUUCGUUUUUUUCCAGUUGCUUCAUCGCGAUGUUGCCGCUAGGAACGUACUAAUAGGCCGAAAAAAUGAGGCGAAAAUAUCAGACUUUGGCUUGAGUCUGGUUGGAAUGGAGAAAAAAGAGCAUAAACUCAAAAAAGUGAAGAAAAAAUAGAUUUCAAUUAAUUUUUUUUUGCAACAGGUUCCAUUCCGGUAUCUUGCCCCAGAAACAUUGCAAGCAGGAGUUUUCAACGAGAAAACGGAUGUUUGGUCAUUUGGAGUUUAUAUUUGGGAGGUUGAAGAAAGAAAAUUCCCGUUGCUCAAAAGUAUUCAAGUAUUUUAAGGUUUUUCACAACGCCCAGGAGCCUUACUCGGAAAUUCCAGACAAUUUGGUGAAAAAGUACGUUCUUAAAGAUAAAAGGCGGCUCAAAAAUCACGUUGGCGAUGACUAUCCGCCGGAAAUGUGGACUGUCACUCGGGUUGAGCAGCACUUCAGAAUUUUAUGACCGAAAAAAUUCAGAAGUGCUUCAAAACGGAUCCGAAACUGCGACCAAGUAUAGAACUAAUAGUCAACGAAAUAGAAAAUUAUUGGGACGAACUCAACGAGGUUUAUCUCAUGAUGAGCGAAAAGAUAAAAUCAACUUCUAGGGAAUACUGACAUUUAAAAUCGGCAAUUUUUUCUCAUCGACUUCCGAAAAAAGAGUAAUCUCCAAUUGUGUUCUCUCAGAUCGCGAAAAACCCCCAAUGCCAGUGAAAUAA